AUGGCCAAGGUGAAAGAGGCCUGGAAUGGUCUGAUGUCGCAAGACGAUUUCCAUAGCAUUCAGAAAGAAAGCCCUCUUCAAGCGGGAAAAGGAGGAUGCUUGCAUGCUACUGAUUUCAAAUUGAUCAAAGUUCAGAACCUUGGGCACAAGUACACCGCUGGAGGAAACGCUGCGUGGGCGAACCCGUUCUGGUCGCCAUGCAGUGUUCCUCUCAUCAAUUCUGCAAUUAGCAGUUUGAUCAACGGACGGUGGAGGAAGCCUGCUUCGAUCGAAAUCACCAUCGCAGUUUGCAGCCACUCCGACCCCACCAAAGACCAGACCCGCUUCAAGUCGCAGCUCAAGCGCAUCAGUCCAGAAGAAGAACAUGUGGCUUUCAUACUUUCUACGUGGCGUGACGUCAGCAAGGGUGAGUACAUUGAGGAGUGGAAAGCAUGUUGGCUCUCUGCAUCCUUCACUUGGCUCACAGUGGCUGACGAUGCCGAGAGCUGUUUCUGGGAGGCUGCGAAGAUCAGAGAGAAGAUUGGCGAGUCUUAUGAGACCUUGUACUAUACACCUGUUCAGCGCAUCUUUCAGAUCGGUGCCGUGAAGAAGCUCUUGCAAGACAAAGGUGGAGAGCAAGCUGUCAGUGUCAAGGUGCUCAAGCGCCACUUCGAUCAGAACUUGGAAAUCAAGAGCGGAGAGGCUGCGACCGAGCACAUGAUUCAAACUGCCAUUGCAUUGUGGAAUUCCCUUUUUUCGGUCCCAAGACUCAAAGAGCUGGCAUUUCUCAUGGACGAAACUUUCGGGAAGAUGAGCCCCUUGGACACAGUCGCAAAGCUUGAGAGCAUCAUGCGGUCAUGCCGCUCCAACAACGACCAUUUGGAAUGGUGCCUGAUCCAAAUGGCCGAUCUUUGCUUGAACAGAAAGGUUUCACCGCAAGAGAUGCAGCCAACUUACCUUUUUGGUGCGAAAGGUCAGCCGAAAGGGAUGAUUCAUGUCUGGCUGUGGAAGCUUCAGUCAAAGCCGAAACUGCUUGCUUUGCUGGACCAGCACCUGCCACCAGAGGAUGCAGUGCAGAUCAGGAAGAGCCUUCAGAAUCACGAAUCCUUCAGAGUGCACUAUGGGGGACGACCUUUCACAGCUGAAGCAAUCAAGGAGAAUCUCAAGGUUCCUGAUGGCCAGCAGUGGAUCGCAUGUAUGGACCCCAGAAGCCAGAAAGCCGCAGAGUUCGGCUCACAGUUUCUCUACGGGCUUGUUUUUGACCAUGCGAUCAAACAGGCAGUGAGACACCAACAGCCUCUUGAUGAGGUUCUUGAACGAUCAGACAUCGAGAAAAUCUGGAAGCAAAUUUUGAGUCCUGCAAGUGUGGCAGCUGACGAUCAUGAUGCAGAGGAUAUCGGCAUGGCCAAGUCUGCAGCUCUUGUUAGCUUGCUCCCCAGCGAGAACAUCGAGAAGCUGAACAAGCCGGAAAAUGCUGGCAAGUUGGAAACCAUCGAGAACGCAGUGGAAUCAGCUCGCAAGCAAGUGAAAUCCCAGUGCCUCACCAUCGAUGGUUCUAUGAGCCUUGAGAAAUUGGCAAAGAUGAUGAGAGAGAUGCGAGUGUGCAAACUGCGUGGAUCGCAUGACAGUAGCAUCCUGGUCUUGUAUGUCUUGGAGGCUGCAGGUGAACAUGAACGGGAUUCGAGGCGCUCACCGACACCGGUGAGGCGUGACUUCAUGGAAAAAGUCAUGAAAGCCAUUUGGUCGACUCGAGCCUCGGAGCUUCCUGACUUUGACGAGGACAACGUCGUCUUUCCAGCCCUGGAUCCCAGUGAUGUGUUCCUGUACUUCGAUGGUGGCAGAGCUGGGACCCAGCCGGGGUUCACUCAGCUUUUCAAGUCCUUGGAGGGAGGGCCUUACAACAAGCACCAGUUCCAUGUGAACUACAACGAAGAUUCCGUGAAAGAACACCGAAAGGCCCGAUCCUUAUCCGGGGGAACACUGGAUCGCGGCGUCUUCAACCUUUCCCAAAUGGAAACAAUUGUGGUGAUUCCCGGAUGCAGCUCCCGACUGGCAUCUGUCGUUGGGUCUCGUCGAAACCUUCACUUUACUGGCUCCACCAGUGGAAACUCACUCCAAGAAGUUUUCAAAAAUGAUUUGAAGAGCGUGCCGACGCUGCCCACAACGGACAAACAUGCCAUGAUGCAGGGCGCUCGACUGAAAGAUGAUGUGCGAGCCACCACUGCAGCCAAAGGACUCGAUCAGCCAGGGAUCGAGCCGAUGGACUGGUCUGCUUUAGACCAUCGCCUUGUCGAAGAGCUGUUGCAUAGAUUCCGGCCGAAGGCUGUCAUUCUAGCAACGGCCGGGUGCCCGAGCAUCAUGCAGCCGAUUCUUGAGCUGCAGAUCCCUUGCCUGGCCGUUUGUUACUCAGCGCAACAUGAAAAGUGGUUCCAGGAGAACACCAACAAGAUCUUGUUCCGCCAAAUGUGUUUGGCGAAGAGCCGUCAUUUUCAGCCAGAAGUGGCGAAAGCUCUGAAAGACACUGGCAAGGUCGAUGUCGAUGCGCAGGAGACCAACAAGAAGCAGUCGAAGCAUGGCAAUCGAAGCAAGAGCAAGGGUGCAAAGCCGAAGCGUCGCAGCAAGAGUGGCAAGGGCCGCGGGCGAGGACGUGGUGGAAAGGGCAAAAAGCGCAAGGGCAGUGAGCUUGACGAUGACGAUUUGGAUGAGGACGACCUCGACGGAGAGGAUGAUUUGCAGGAGGAUGGCGAAGAAGAUCAGGACCGACUGCUUUUUGCCAAUGGCAAGCCAAUCAGUCAUCAUUUGCAUGGCAUUAAAUUUUGA